AUGUCCCGAUCAAUACAGGACCAAUUCAUCGACGAUGAUGAGGAGGAGGUCUGCCCGCUCUGCGUCGAGGAGUUCGACCUCACAGACAAGGGUUUCCGGCCGUGCCCCUGUGGCUACCAGGUGCGUUCCUGCCAUGUCAACCGCCCUCGUCUGCGACUGCUAACACGUGUUUGUAGAUAUGCCAGUUUUGCUACCACAAUGUCAAGACGAAUAUGAAUGGUCUGUGUCCGGCAUGCAGACGGCCGUACAACGACGACGACAUACAGUACAAGGUCAUCACGCCGGAGGAGACUGCAGCACACAAGGCUCGCCAGGCCCAGAAGCAGAAGAAGACCCAACAGGCCCUGCAGAAGGAGAAGCAAAAGGCCGAAGCCGAUCAUCUUAGCCGAAAGCAUCUGGCUGGAAUGCGCGUUGUCCAGAAGAACCUGGUCUACGUGACAGGACUGAGUCCUUCCUCUCAGGAAGAGGAGCUCCUCGAGACCCUACGCGGCGACCAGUUCUUCGGCCAGUACGGCAAGAUCAUCAAGAUAGUCGUGAGCAAAGCCAAGGACAACCUCAAUCCACACUCGGUCGGAGUCUACGUCACAUACGAGCGGAAAGAGGAUGCUCAGACCUGUAUCAAUGCUGUUGAUGGGGCCAAAAACGCUGACCGGACGCUGCGGGCCCAAUUCGGCACCACCAAGUACUGUUCCGCGUACCUUCGAGGAGACACAUGUACGAAUCGGAAUUGCAUGUUCUUGCAUGAACCUGGCGAAGCGAAUGAGAGCUACUCGCGCGCCGACCUUUCCUCAAUGAAUGCCAAUUCUUCGCAGCAUGGCCACGGACGAGCACCGCCUCCCCAGUCACAGCAGCCCAUGGCCUCGGCGUCUCAAGCAAUGGCCCGCCAGGGCAGCAGCGAUCGAAUCGGUAGCCCGGCACCGAGCCGGCCAGCAUUACCUUCAACUGCCAGUUGGGCCUCGAAACCAGCCCAGUCGAGUCGCGCGGAGAGCCGAUCUACAAGUACAACACUCGAGAGUCCUGCACCGACCUCCGCGACUCCGGCUCAGCCUCAAGCUGAACAAGAACCUCCGACUGAAGCACCCCAACCAGCUGAGCUCGAAGAGUCAGCAACGCCAUCCGAGACACAAGCUGUGCCGGCGAGACCCCGCAAGACGCCAUUGUCUCCCUUGGUUGCCAUGGUCAAGAAUUUCAAGGCCGAAGACUUCAAGUUGUUCUGGUCGCAAUCCUGCUUGCCACCAUCCGACUCAGAUAUCAUUAACAGCUAUCCACCACUGUUCGACAAUAACGGAUCGGCGAGAAUUCGACUACGUAGGCAGCGGGAAGAGGAGCAACGUCGACUUGAGCAGGAAGCACAGGUCCAAGUCCAAGCUCUCCAGCAACCUCUUCCCGUCGAGCCAGAGGGAGACAACCCAGAGAUGUCGGGUAGUCUACAGCUGGGUGGGGAGCCAGAGGAACCACAGAGCGUUAACCCAGCCCAGAGUGCCAUUCACCCCCCGGGCGGCCACAAUGGCGGCCUAGAUCAACAGUUCCAAUUUGGCUCCAGCCCCGGCCUGAGUGAUCGAGGUAUGACUCCUCAGCAACACCAACAAAUGCUUCUCCAGACAUUCAAGCCGAAUGCCCAAGGCGCCUAUCCGAAUCAGCCCGCCAAUUUCCAACAAUCAUUCUCACAGCAAACCAGCCAGCCUCUCGGGCAUCAGCGUAAUGUCUCACGAUACUCCUUCGCGAACGAGUCCACCGCUUCCGCCGCUGUGAAGCCAGUGGCCAACCCUAAGCUUCUGAAUCAGCAGUCAUCGAUGAUGCCGCCGGCGGGUGGAAAUCAGUUCGGCGCACAGCAUCAGCAACCACACGGACAAUUCUAUACGAGCAAUGUACAAGGCCCGCCACCGGGCCUCAAGACGACAGGAACUCCACCUGUUAGUGGAAACCUCACUUUCGGUCAGGGACACGGUUUCGCAACGGGAGGUUUGCAGUACGGCGCAGGCACCUCGCGCAAUCAACAGGACAGUUACUACCGCGACCUGUUGCGUGGUCGUGAGACUGGAGGUGGCGUGGACGCUAAGCGUGAGUUACAUUCCUUCCCCAAUUACAACAAUGCCCAUCCAAAUGCAGCCUACCAGGCCAGCCAGUCUAACGCCUUCGCCGCCCCACCCUAUGCGUCGCUUGGUGCUUAUGGUGAUGAUCAGAGGCAACGCAAGAAGAAGGGGAAAAAGCACAGGCACGCUAACACUUCCUCCUCCUCGGGGGGAGGUGUAGUGGAUGUUUCGGCAGACCCCAGCACCAACCAUAUUCUCCAAGCACGAUUGCAUCAGGGUGGCGGUCUCGGCGGAGGUGCAUUUACUGGUCAACCUGGCGCCCCGAAUGGGCUGUACUCUGUCAUGCAUGGUGGUUACAACGGUCGAUGGUAG